AUGGAGUCGAGGAAGGUGUCUUUAAGUGCUAAUGCUUUGAUUGGAGGCAAAUGGAGACUUGUACGAAAGAUCGGUGGUGGAUCGUUCGGUGACAUAUAUCUUGGACAAAAUAUGUUAACUGGAGAUGAAGUUGCAAUUAAAUUAGAACCUGUGACAGCCCGACACCCUCAGCUGCUUUACGAGAGCCGAGUUUAUCGAGUUUUACAAAACUCAUCAGGAGUGCCGCGGGUUUAUUGGUUUGGACCUGACGGUGUAAGCAAUCGGUACAAAGCUAUGGUUAUGGAUUUACUCGGUCCAAGUCUUGAAGACUUAUUUACUUUUUGUGGACGUAGAUUUUCAGCCAAAACAGUGUUAACUCUAGCAGAGCAGAUGUUAUGGCGCAUCGAAUGUGUUCACUACAGAGGUCUUAUUCAUAGGGACAUCAAACCUGACAACUUCUUAAUGGGGAUCGGUCCACACUGUAACAGAGUGUUCAUUGUAGAUUUUGGAUUAGCCAAAAGAUUCAGAGAUCAUAGAACAAAAUGCCAUAUUCCAUAUAGGGAUGACAAGAAUUUGACAGGUACAGCACGUUAUGCUAGCAUAAAUGCGCAUGCUGGUAUCGAGCAGUCCAGACGUGAUGAUAUUGAAUCUCUUGGAUAUGUUUUUAUGUAUUUUCUCAGAGGACACCUUCCGUGGCAGGGACUAAAGGCAAAUACUAAAAAGCAAAAGUACGAACGUAUAUAUGAGAAGAAAUUAGCUACGUCACCUGAAGCCCUAUGUAAAGGUUAUCCUGUAGAAUUCGAAAAAUAUUUGCAUUUCGCUCGUGGUCUAGCUUUUGACAGCCUUCCGGACUAUGUCUUCUUGAGAGGGAUUUUCCGCCGUUUGUUUCAAAGCCUUAAUUUUGUUCUGGAUUAUGUGUAUGAUUGGGCACUUCUGGGUACAAAUUCUUCUAAUACUAAUCAGUCAAUAAUGAAUGCUAAUCCAGAGUGUGAAGAUAAUGCGAAUCAGCAUCAAAAUAAUGCAGAAUGUCAGGGAAUCGAUAACACAGUGGGGGCAGCUCAAUGUGCGCUUCCAGCACCUCAAGUAUAUGGAAAUCAUAACCACCAUAAUAUACCUGUCCAGCAAUCACAGCCUCAGCAAGUGCUUCCACAUGCACACAGCCGUGAAGGAGUUCAGCAAUCAACAUUUCAUUCUCAAUUCGUUAGUCAGUCUGGAAAUUCAGGCACCCAAACAAAUGCGUAUAAUGCUCCUGGCACAAGUGUAGAGUAUGGUAUGCGUUGUAUGCCCACAGAAAUGCGCCGUUAA